UGUUUCUCAAUUAUUUAAGUAGUCAUCCAAAAUUUUCCCCAAACCCACGAGCAUGAAUGAAAUAAAACUAAAACUAAAAGGUUCUAUUUACAAAUGCCUCUACUUAAUCUUACCGCCAUUUUACAAGAGAGAAAAACAAAAACUUAGCGCCAUUUUCAUCUCAAUUUUCCAAAAAAAAAAAAAAAAAAAAAGAAGCAAAAAGGCGAGUUAGGGUUUCAAUCUCAAUAUCUCUCUUCCACUGUGUGCAUACAUGAGUUUCGAGUUGAGUUGGAGCUAAAAUUGUUGUAAAGUUGUCUUUUUUACCAUUGAAGAUGGCAAGUUACUAUGACAUUGAUGAUAUAUUAGCUGAAGAUGAGAUGGUUCCAGCUGUGUUCUUGCAAACAGCUAAUGAAGUUGGGAUAUUUGACUGUGCUGAUGAUACUAACAAGGUGGAAGCUGGUACACAUGUAGAAAUGCCCUUUUGGCUUGCUCAGGAGCUAUAUGUGAGACAGGCGGUGUCGAUCAAAGUUCCUCCAUAUUUUGAUACCAAAGCCAAAACGCGAAAUGAGAUAGGAGCUGAUGCAGCACAUGUUGAUUUAAGAAGUUUAUGCCCCUACUUUUAUAAUUUCGGAUGCAAGAUAGCACGCCUGAUUGGUGAAAAAACCAUUGGACCUCUACUUCUGGUUGCAUUUCGAACAAGAUACAGAGAAGUCCUCAUAAAGGCUCAUACUGCAGCAUCAAUUGUGGCUCCCAAGCACUUGACUCUUCUAACAAAAGAAGAGACUAAAUUAUAUGAAGCUGGUCAGUCAUCAACAGCAGCAUUUAAGAAGUGGAGAAUGGGAGGUCCUAGACUGCAGAAAGCUUCUGUACUAGGGAGAAAGAGGAAACCUGUUGAAUGAGCUUUGUACCCGAAACAUAUAUGAUCUCUCCGUAUUAUGAGAAAA